AUGUCAUCCGAGGUUAUCAGAGCGACUCUUGCGCAAUGGAAUUUCUCUAUAGCUUCACAAGGUCUUCGCCGUCGCGAAUCGGUUGUGUCUCCUCUAGAUCAACACCUUCCCAAGGUCUCAAGGAAACCAUCUCUUCGAAGAGAGUCCUCAUCUCAACCGAUGGAGACUGAUGAUCCAGCAGACGAUUACUUCCCGCGCUUCAAUUCUUCCAUAGUGAACUCAUUCUUGAGAUCUGGUACACAUUGGCCGUCUCCUAUGUCUACAAAUAAAGAUGAAGAGACUCUCAACGUCACUCGUGAAACAAUUCCAGGUCAUAAUCUUCUUCCUUUUCCGGACACUCAGGCUGCAUCUGAUCUAGAAAUUCUCAACUUCUACGUUGAAGAGCCGGACACAGUCUACCUCGAAGUCAGGUUUCCCACUAUGCAACCCAUCAUACUGAGAGAGGAGAACGUACAGAAGAUCAACGAGCCAGCUGUCAUUGAUUUCUGGCGGCUCUCUGGAAGUCGAGAGUAUGCUACUGGCAUAGGAAAGCGUCACGUAUUUUGUGUUCUAGGCUAUCGCGUUUUCUACCUUCCGAACGGUGGUGAACGAGAGGAAUAUUGGAUUCAUUGGACUAGAUACAGCGCUUCUGAAGCCUCGUGGGUUGAAGCCGACUUCGUCCGACGUGCUGCGCCUGAGAUGGUCCGGACGUUCAACUCUGAGCGCCGGCUUUCUUGCUAUAGAGGUUCCCUUGGAGAGAUGUUCACCACCAAGACUGCACCGCGCUGUUCUGAGAUGGCCAAGGGGGUGAGUUGUAAUGGUUGUAUACGCUGUGGAGGCGGAUGCAAACGUGGCCAUGUUUAA